AUGGUUAUUGUGACGUAUAAGGCUUACAAUCCCAGUGACAGACAACUCCAGGACCUGCCACAGACAGCUAAAAAUGUCCUUCAUGCAUUGCACAAGGCAAUCUCUCAUUCAACCCAAGCUAUUGCUGGACCAUCCAGUGUCCCCGGUCACCAAUCACCUUCACCUUUGCUCCCUGCUGAGCAAGAGUGGCUGUCCAAACAAGCACAUGUAGAGGACAUGCCCGAAGAUGAAGCUGACGGGAUGGAGUACAAAAUUGAGAUGCCGGAUGCACAGGAUGGAGCAGCUAAUGACCAGGCAACCAAGCAGAUGAGAGAUGACUACACAAUGCCCCUCAAUCCCCAGGACAUCGACAUGCAUCUCCAGGACACCCUUGAUGAGGACAUAUUGCAUAUACAGCUUGCUCUUGACACGUUUACUUUUGAGGAAGCACCAUUUGAGUACACGGAUGAAAACCCUGAACCAAAUGACCUUGAUGUUGACAAGUUCUUUAACCCGGAAGAGCAAGGGAUGGAGCUGGCAGACCAAGACACUGAGCCACAGCAGGUACAAAAUGCACAGGCUGCUAGGGAUGCCACCACAGAGGCUCAACAAGGCUCCAAGACCAAGACAAUCGAGAGAUCUCACCUGAAGCUAUUGAACCUCCCCCACCUGAUUAAUCUACUAAACCCGAUGUUCAUGCUACCUCCAGCUACAUGCAUCAAGAAGUUGACAAUAUCCAUAGGAGUAUUGGCAUUGAAAAUGCCCAUGCACACCAAUCCAACAACAGGCUUUGUUGAUCUCUCUCAAGAUCAAGCCCUCCACAUCUCUCUCCACUAUAUGCCUGGCAAUCCAUCAGAUGCGCGGUAUACUGGCAAAUGCAGGAACAUCGAGAAAGAGAUUCCUGGCCUCCAGUGUCUCAGUAAGGACCAGGUCCUCAAAAAGCUGGCCAGGAUGACAGGUGUCAAAGAAAUGAGGUCCUCUAGAGCAGGCUGGCAGCUGCCCCAAGUGCCAUGA